AUGCUACAUCUUGAUAUAGAAGUCUAGACAAUCCAAUUUUUCAUCGGCUCCUCACUCGAAUCAUGCUCUAUUAAAUUAAGCGAUUCCUUCUCCACUUCCGCUUUGGACUCAAAAGUCAGAUGCAAAUGCAAAGAAAUUCAAGAAAUUUGGGAAAAAAUUGAAUUAAAUGUGUAAUAUGUCGAGAAAGGCAAUGUAUUGGAUAUUUGCAUAUAUUUGUAGUUGAAACUCUACUUUUACGAUGGUUAGACCAUCUUUGGAGAAGCAACCAUUAAUUUAGGCUUUUACAUUGAGAACAAUCUUCCUCUUAUCAUUGACAAAAUUACUAUUCAGAAUAAAUUCGAUUCGGAAGCCCAAGUUCAAAUGAGUUUGGCCUGGAAUCAAGUAGAUUAAGUGCAGUCUAAAUAAAUUCGCUAAGUAAGUCCAAUGAGAGACCAACCCAUUCCAACUCCACAACCCUAGAAACCAACUGCUUAAUAGAAGAAACCUGCUGACGAACUUCAUUUCGAUAAGAGAACUGUACAUGCCACAUACACUUAAUGGAAAGAUCAUUAGGAAAUGGUCAGGGAAUAGUAUGUCAAGAAAUUAAAGGAACCCAUCAAAAAAGGACAAAUGGAGGAUGAAAAAUUUGAAGAAAUUCGCAAACCUGAAGUUCGAGUCAUGAGUCCUCGUAGAUUUCAAACUCCCAAAGAUUAUAAACCAAUAAAUAAAUAAUAAAUUUAAAAAUCAACUGGAGGAUUUGAAAAUCUUAAAUCUUCAAAUAACAACCCACUAGAUUUCAGAUAACUCAACAAGGACUCACAAAACAACUCAAACAAUAGAGCCCCCUCUAAAAGUCCCAAUCGAUAAGAUUCAAGAAUUAAAACCAGAAACGAAGUCUUGUCUGCUACGUCACCCAACGAAUAGAGUGAAAUUCUCAAAGGCUCAACUAAACCUAAACCCCUGUCCAAGAAAGGAGACUUUCAAGAGAAUUUUGGGACGAGACCCACUUAAAUCGAUGGAGGUUUGACAUUGUCAAGCAAAUAAUUGGAUACAGAGGUAGAUUCCACUUAAUGGAGAUAAUAAUUGUCAUAGUUACAAUAAGAGAAUGCUUAAUUAAAAAAUUAGAUUUAAAAAUUAACCAAUGAAAAUUAAGGUUUAAAGGAUCAACAAAUCAAAAGUGAAGCUGCUUUUAAUUUGUUAUCUGAAACUUAUAGCAAUCUAAGAAAUGAAUAUUAAAGAAUAUAGGUUAAGAGCUUCAACAAUAGUUCAAGUCAUUCUUUAUUGGUCAACAAGGAAACAGACCAUUUAAAAAGAGAGUUAGAUCAAAAGUCUAAAGAAAUUGAAUUCUAUAAGAAGGAAGCUGAAUUAUGGAAAAAGGACUUGGAAGUAACUAAAAGAGAGAAUGCUUAAAUUAAAAGAGAGGCAGAACAAUUUAAGAAAGGCCUUGAUAAUCAAUCAUAUGAUUUGGAGUGCCAAAAGAGAGAUAAUGAGAAUAAAAAGAGAGAAAUAGAGAAUCUAGAAAAGGAAUUAUAAAGAGCUCAGUAAGCGAUUUAGUUGGUUCAGAAUGAUAGUUUCAUCAAGGCUUCUUAAUUGUCAGGACAAAAUAGCAAUUAAGAAAUUCUGGAACAAAUGAAAAAUCUAAUUAAAACAAAGCAAAUUGAAGUGGAUAGUAAAAUUGAAGAAAUUAAAUAAAAUAAGAUUAGAAUAGCACAUUUAGAGAAGGAAUUGUUUGAGAAAGGCAGACACUCUUAAGAUCAAAGUGAACAAAUUAAGAAUUCAAAUACUUAAGUAGAAUAGGAAAAUGAAUAAUUGAAAUAACAAUUAGCAGAGAAGAAUGUUGAAUUGAAAAAAAAAACUCAAGAGAUAGAGAAAUUAAUGGCUUAGAAUAAUUUAAUUCUGCAGUAGCCUGAUAUGUAGAAUAUGGAUUAAGCUAAAUUAUUAACUGAUUACAUUGCCUAGAUAGCUGCUUUGAAAUAGGAGAACGAAAGUUUAAUCUUGCAAAGUAAAAAAGAUUAAGUUGAACUUGAGAGUUUACAACACUAGGUUGAAAUAAACAAGAAAAUUGUUGUACUAAGUGAUUAGCGCCAUCAAACUCUUGAGCAAUAAAUUGCGGAAUUAGAAAAAGCUGUCGUAGGAGGAAAAUAAAAUAUGGCAGAUGUGAUCAAUGCUGUUAUGGAAUGCGGUGGUCCUCAGUUGGCUGAGGAGGUGGAGAGAUUCUUGAUUACUAGGAGGAGUACCAAAGUUAGUUGA